CGGAAGUGACGCAUCGCGGCCUCUACCUCCUCAGUUGCAGUUGCCUGCGUGACAACGGAUUGUGUAGAGAUCAAUAAGUCUCCUCAAAUACAAACGUGCUCGGAUUCCGUGCUUUUAUUUUGGCACCGGGGUGUAUCUAUCGUCCGUCAUCAUGCCCAUGUACCAGGUAAAACCCGUCAGUACCGGUGACAAAAAGAUUGAUUUGCCAACGUGCAUGUACAAGUUACCGAAUAUCCACGCGCAGGGAACGAGCAGCUGCGAGCAUGCGCUCCAGAAUGGGGAAGUGGAUCCUGCUAUAAAGGCGCUGGAGGCUCGACAGGAUGAUAUCUUGAAAAGACUUUAUGAACUGAAGGCAACGGUCGAUGGGCUCGCGAAGACCGUGACCACACCUGAUGCAGACCUGGAUGUUACCACGCUGUCACGUGAAGUUUCAGCGCCCGUGUUUAAAGGCACAGCAGAUCUGGACUCCUUACUGGGCAAGGAUCUGGGUGCCCUAAGGGACAUCGUCAUAAACGCGAACCCCGCCAAUCCUCCCCUGUCUCUGCUGGUUCUUCAUGGUCUUUUGUGUCAGCGGUACCGGGUGCUGUCCAACGUACACGUGCACUCCUCCGUGAACUCCGUUCCUCCUCUGCUACUGUCCUGCCUGGGUCCACGACACAUAGACACCUCUGCCCGCCAACGCUUUCAGCUUGGCUUCACUCUCAUAUGGAAAGAUGUGUCAAAACUGCAGAUGAAGUUUAACACGCAGAACAUGUGCCCCAUCGAGGGGGAGGCCAACGUCGCACGUUUCCUCUACCGGCUAUUGGGCGCCGAACCCCAGGACCCCAUCCUCGCCACGCAGAUGGACGGCUGGAUCGAUACGGCGGUUUUCCAGCUGGCUGAAGGGGGCAGUAAAGAACGGGCGGCUGUGCUGAAGUCACUAAACGGGGCGUUGAGUCGUUCACCCUGGCUUUUGGGUCAGGAGUUCUCGCUAGCCGACAUCGUGUGCGCCUGCUGUGUCCUGCGGGCCAACAACGGCACCUCUGCACCAGCCACCGUACAGGGCUGGCUCAAGUCCUGUCAGAACCUGGGUCACUUCGACUGCGUGUAUGCUUUACUACAGUGACAGAAGCUGUGAGAUCAGUACAGGUCGUACUCCUACAGCGAGAGUAUAGAUAUACCACAAACAAAAUAUGUAAUGAAAAGGGAAAUGUGACAUCAUUGGAGACCACAUGCAAACGGACACCUGCAGACUUUUAAAUAUUUUAUCUGUACUUGGUCAUAAUAGGUGUUUUGGUCAGUACGAUGAUGUCAUUGAUUGUAACUGGAGUUGAUCUUAAACUGAUCCCAGGUCAGGCUCAUAAUUGUCUGACUGACAUUAAGAUAGAGGGCAUUUGAAACUUAGGGUAAUGAUACUGUAAAAACAUCUCCCUCCCGCCUUGUGCCUAAUACAACAUUGUACUAGAAAAUGUGUGUUGCUGUUAUUAAAUUGGUUGAAGCGCGGUUGAAAUGUGAACCAAAGGACCUACUUGUAUUUAUGAGAGGUGAUACUUUGUAGCGUCUUUUUCUUAAAAAAUCUAUUAAACUUUUCACUGCGGGUCAAGUA